AUGAGUUGGCAAUCCUAUGUCGAUACAAACUUGGUUGGCACUGGCAGUAUAGCUGAAGCUGCAAUUCAUGGUCAUAAUGGCGCAGUAUGGGCGACAUCGAAAGGAUUUACUGUUAACAGUGCGGAAUUUGAUACUAUAAUCAAAGCCUUUAACGAUCCUACAAAUAUCCAAGCCAAUGGACUCCAUGUAAAUGGUGUAAAAUAUUUUACAUUACGUGCCGAUGAUAGAAGUAUUUAUGGAAAAGAGGGUGCGAAUGGUAUUGUUAUAGUAAAGACAAAACAAGCUGCAAUCAUUGGCAGAUAUGUCGAAGGUACACAGCCUGGCACGGCUAACAAAAUUGUCGAGAGUUUGGCUGAUUAUUUGAUUAAUCAAAACUAC